UGAGAUUCUCCCUUUCCACCCCCCCAGGACCCCGUCCAUCCCCACGCUGACCAUGUCGACCCCGGACCCCCCGCUGGGCGGAACCCCCCGACCAGGCCCUUCUCCAGGCCCGGGCCCUUCACCGGGCGCCAUGUUGGGUCCCAGCCCCGGCCCCUCGCCCGGCUCCGCUCACAGCAUGAUGGGACCCAGCCCCGGGCCCCCCAACGCCGGACACCCGCUGCCCCCACAGGGACCCGGCGCCUACACUCAGGACAACAUGCACCAGAUGCACAAGCCCAUGGACUCCAUGCAUGAGAAGGGGAUGGGCGAGGACCCCCGGUACGGGCAGAUGAAAGGGAUGGGGAUGCGACCCACGGCACACGCAGGGAUGGGGCCUCCACCGAGCCCCAUGGACCAGCACUCACAAGGUUACCCGUCUCCUCUGGGCGGUUCCGAACACGCGUCCAGCCCGGUCCCAUCCAACGGUCCCACCUCAGGCCCCCAGCUCCCAUCGGGUCCCAGCCCCAUGGACGGGGCCGACCCUCAGGCUUUGGGUCAACAGAACCGCGGCCCGACUCCGUUCAACCAGAACCAGCUGCACCAGCUGCGGGCUCAGAUCAUGGCCUACAAGAUGUUGGCCCGCGGGCAGCCGCUGCCCGACCACCUGCAGAUGGCGGUGCAGGGGAAGCGGCCCAUGGCCGGGAUGCAGCAGCAAAUGGCGACUCUACCUCCACCCUCCGUGUCCGGGUCUGGAGCCGUGCAAGGAGCCGUGCAAGGGCCUGGAGCGGGACCCACACCUCCCAACUACAACAGACCUCAUGGUAUAGGGGGCCCAAACAUGCCCCCUCCCGGACCCUCAGGAGUUCCCCCAGGAAUGCCAGGGCAGCCCCCCGGCGGCCCCCCCAAGCCCUGGCCAGAAGGACCAAUGGCGAAUGCCGCAGCCCCCACCAGCGCCCCACAGAAGCUGAUCCCCCCUCAACCCACCGGCCGUCCCUCCCCGGCCCCCCCGGCCGUGCCCCCCGCCGCCUCCCCCGUUAUGCCCCCCCAGACGCAGUCCCCGGGGCAGCCGGCCCAACCCGCCCCAAUGGUGCAGCUGCACCAGAAGCAGAACCGCAUCACCCCCAUCCAGAAACCACGAGGCCUCGACCCCGUGGAGAUCCUACAGGAGAGGGAGUACAGGCUGCAGGCGCGCAUCGCCCACCGCAUCCAGGAGCUGGAGAACCUGCCCGGCUCUUUGGCUGGAGACCUGAGAACCAAAGCCACCAUCGAGCUGAAGGCGCUGCGCCUGCUCAACUUCCAGAGACAGCUGCGGCAGGAGGUGGUGGUGUGCAUGCGGCGCGACACGGCGCUGGAGACGGCGCUGAACGCCAAGGCCUACAAGCGCAGCAAGAGGCAGUCGCUGCGGGAGGCGCGAAUCACCGAGAAGCUGGAGAAGCAGCAGAAGAUCGAACAGGAGAGGAAACGCAGGCAGAAGCACCAGGAAUACCUCAACAGCAUCCUGCAGCACGCCAAGGACUUCAAGGAAUAUCACCGCUCCGUCACCGGCAAGAUCCAGAAGCUGACCAAAGCCGUGGCCACGUACCACGCCAACACGGAGCGCGACGAGAAGGAGCGGAUGCGCCGCCUGAUGGCUGAGGAUGAGGAGGGUUAUCGUAAGCUCAUUGACCAGAAGAAGGACAAGAGGUUGGCCUACCUGCUGCAGCAGACCGACGAGUACGUGGCCAACCUGACCGAGCUGGUGAGGCAGCACAAGGCGGCCCAGGUGGCCAAGGAGAAGAAGAAGAAGAAGAAGAAGAAGAAGGCAGAGAAUGCUGAGGGUCAGACUCCAGCCAUUGGCCCCGAUGGAGAGGUGAGGCCGCAGCGCGACCCACAGGGCUGGGAGCUGAGCUGUGGGGCUGUGGGGCUCCGGGUGGUGCUUCCACAUAUCCCCCCCAUAUCCCCCCUGUGUCCUCAGGGCUCCCCUGCAGCUCGACGCGCCUUCGUGCCUCAGCUGCGCAGCGGGAAGUUCAACGUGCUGCUCACCACCUACGAGUACAUCAUCAAGGACAAGCACAUCCUCGCCAAGAUCCGCUGGAAGUACAUGAUCGUGGACGAGGGUCACCGCAUGAAGAACCACCACUGCAAGCUGACGCAGGUGCUGAACACGCACUACGUGGCGCCGCGCCGCCUGCUGCUCACGGGCACCCCGCUGCAGAACAAGCUGCCCGAGCUCUGGGCCCUGCUCAACUUCCUGCUGCCCACCAUCUUCAAGAGCUGCAGCACCUUCGAACAGUGGUUCAACGCCCCCUUCGCCAUGACGGGAGAGAAGGUGGAUCUGAACGAGGAGGAGACGAUUCUGAUCAUCCGGAGGCUGCACAAAGUGCUGCGGCCGUUCCUGCUGCGCCGCCUCAAGAAGGAGGUGGAGGCUCAGCUGCCUGAGAAGGUAACGGCUGGGAUGCAGGGGGGGGUGAUGAUGUGGGGCUGGGCUGUGGGGCCAGGAGCUGGGGGUAAAGGCGGCACCAAGACGCUGAUGAACACCAUCAUGCAGCUGCGCAAGAUCUGCAACCACCCCUACAUGUUCCAGCACAUCGAGGAAUCAUUUUCAGAGCACCUGGGCUUCACAGGCGGCAUCGUGCAGGGCCUGGACCUGUACCGCGCGUCGGGGAAGUUUGAGCUGCUGGACCGGAUCCUGCCGAAGCUCCGCGCCACCAACCACAAGGUGCUGCUGUUCUGCCAGAUGACGUCGCUCAUGACCAUCAUGGAGGAUUAUUUCGCAUAUCGCGGCUUCAAGUACCUGCGGCUGGACGGGACCACGAAGGCGGAGGAUCGAGGGAUGUUAUUAAAGACAUUUAACGAGCCGGGCUCCGAGUAUUUCAUCUUCCUGCUCAGCACCAGGGCCGGGGGGCUGGGCCUCAACCUGCAGUCGGCCGACACCGUCAUCAUCUUCGACAGCGACUGGAACCCGCACCAGGACCUGCAGGCCCAGGACCGCGCUCACCGCAUCGGGCAGCAGAACGAGGUUCGCGUCCUGCGCCUCUGCACCGUCAACAGCGUGGAGGAGAAGAUCCUGGCAGCCGCCAAAUACAAACUGAACGUGGACCAGAAGGUGAUUCAGGCCGGGAUGUUCGACCAGAAAUCCUCCAGCCACGAGCGACGCGCCUUCCUGCAGGCCAUCCUGGAGCACGAGGAGCAGGACGAGAGCCGAUCCGGCGGCGCGGGCAGCGUUGGUGGCGCUGCCUCCACCCUUUGCCUGACGGCCGAGCCGGACGAUCCACCUCUCAAGGAUGAGGACGAGGUAACCCUGCCCGACGAUGAGACAGUCAAUCAGAUGAUUGCGCGGCACGAGGAGGAGUUCGACCUGUUCAUGGUGAGACAACACGGGACCCCACCCCAAAUUAGGGGGUGGGAUGGGGCUCUGACUGGCCAUAGUGAGCACUAGGAGGGCUAUGGGUGU